AUGCAGAGCUCGUUCCAGCGCCGCGGGCGUCGCUUCCAGAAGAAGGCCGCGGCUGAUGUGGGCGCGCCCGACCGAGGCGCGGGAGCGGAUGCCGCCGCCGCCGCCGCUGCUCACGCGGCGUCGCGGGGGCCUACCCACCCGUCGCCGUCCCCCCUGGACGCGGUCGCGCCGCGCGUGGACGUCCCCGCGACGCACGUCGCCGGCACGCGCCCGGGCCUCCACGGCCACACGCUCGUGAGCUCGGGCCUCGCGGACCUCGACAACCUGCUCGGCGGCGGCGUCCCGCUCGGCACCGUCGUCGUGUUGGGAACCGACGGCGAUCCCGCGUCCGCGGGUGGCAACGCGUGCACGCUGCUGCGAUACUUCGUCGCGGAGGGGUGCGCCAGCGGGCACGCGGGGAUGUGGAUACACCCGGGGGGAGGUGGGGCGCGCGCCGGGUCGGGUGGGUCGAGGAGCGUCGCGCGGACGCUCCCGCGCGUCGUCGUCGACAAGGCGCGCGCGGAAGACGACGACGACGACGACGGGAGCGCUCGUCGCGACGCGAACGGCGACGCGAACGGCGACGGCCUUCGCAUCGCGUGGCAGUACAGGAGGUACCUGCGCCAGGGCAAGGCGCUAGACGACGGCAGGGUGGGCGGCGCGAGGGACGGCCUGGGCGCGGGGCUCUCCACGUCCGGGGGCGGCGGGAGUUCGCCCUCUCGGAGACGAAACGACGGCGGCGUGCGACGAUUGCCCGAGAUUUGCCACCGGUUCGACCUCACGCGAGAGAGCGACCCGGCCGUUGUGGACGCCGCGGACCUUACAUGCGUCGCGUUCAGGACCUUACCCGCGCUGGGGGAUCAAACGCUCAAAUUGAAAGCCGACGUCGACGGCGACUACGCGAGGGCGUACGAACGAUGCCGCGCGUUCGUAGACGAAUUACGUUUGCGUGACGUCGGCUCAAACGCUGUGGGACGGAUAGCGAUUCACCCCGGCGUCAACACGUCCAUCGACGUCAGCGCCGCGCGAUCCACCGUCCGGUUCCUCCGCGCGCUCCGCGGGCUCCUCCGGGGCACGCGCGUCUGCGCCGUGUGCGUCGUGUCCACGAAACAAGGCGGGCCGGACACAGCCGUGUCCCUGGCGGCGAUGACGCACGUCGCCGACGCCCGCGUGGAUGUCGAAUCGCUGCCCGGCGCGCCGUGCGCGAUGGAACAGACGCUGCCGGAUCCGUUGCUGUGCGUCGGGUUGGUGCGCGUCGUGAAGAUCGCGUUCCCCGGGGUGGCGGGCGCGUCGCCGCUGACGCGGAUGGACCGAACGUACGCGCUGCAGCUGCGGCGGCGGCGGAUGGCGCUCGCGCCGCUGCAGCUCUCGCCGGAGGAUCAUCGGCAUGGAGGGGGACCGGGGGCGUCGGGCUCGGGCGGAGCGGGCGGGGUGAGGACGAGCAAUCUGGGCGCGGGGGGGCGUCGUAUUGAGGCGGGUUCGACGGGGAAGAAGUCGGGGAAGUCGGGCGGUUUAUGCGGGAGCGGUCCGGCGGGGGACCCGAGGAACGACCCCCUCGACUUCUGA